UUAUUUGUCCACUAUAUGAUAAAUAUAUUCUAUCGGAAAACAAACAUAAUAGACCCCAACUUGAAAUAAAGAUUAAACGCGGGUGGAUAUCAUAUAAUGUGUCGUUUUUAUGGAAUGGAUCUUUCCAUUUUCAUGCCUAAGCAUCCAAGGAUAUACAUUGGCGACCAUUUAAAUAUAUACCACAUAUUGUCUUGUUAAACACUCUGGCCCUCCCUCCUUAUAUUUUAUAUAUUGCAGCAUCUUGGAAGAGUAAUCCCAUCCCAUUGGAACCAUUUAUUGUUUUCAUCAAGAGUCAACAGAGUUUGUUGGCGAAAAGUUGAAGAUGUUGUGGAAGGAGGAGCUUGUGCUCUUAGCUCAAAACUAUUUUGACACUACGACAGUGGCGGCAGUUCUUUCCGUAGGUAUUUUAGUGUUGGUUUCGAAAGUUUGCUGGAGACAGAGGAGCAAGAAUGUUGGAGGAAUUCCUGGUCACUUGGGGUUACCCUUUGUAGGGGAAACCUUCUCUUUUCUUUCUGCUAAUAACAGCACCAGAGGGUGUUACCAAUUUGUCAGGCUCCGCCGGUUGUGGCAUGGUAGGUGGUUCAGGACAAGGCUAUUUGGAAAAAUCCAUGUGUUUGUUCCAAGUGCAGAAGGUGCAAAGGCAAUUCUUGCCAAUGAUUUUGUCCAAUUCAACAAGGGAUACGUGAAAUCCAUGGGCGAUGCUGUUGGAGAGAAGAGUUUACUAUGCGUUUCCCAUGAGGACCACAGAAGGAUUAGGCGUCUUCUGGCUGAUCCUUUCUCUAUGACUUCUCUGUCUAAGUUUGUCAAACAAUUUGACGACAUGCUCUCCAAAAGGCUACAGAAACUAGUAAAAGAUGGGAAAAGUUUUGUACUGCUUGAUUUCAGCAUGAAGGUUAUAGAAAAUAAAAAUAUAGUCAUCUUUCUCAAACAUGUCUGUUUGACUUGGCAGCCAACAUAUCUUACGUUAUGUGAUUCGCAGAUAACAUUCGAUUCCAUGUGCAAUAUGCUAAUGAGUCUAAGAGAUGAAUCUACACUCAGACAGAUUGAAAAAGACUGUACAGCAGUCACUGACGCCAUGCUAUCUUUCCCAUUCAUGAUUCCAGGAACUAGGUACUACAAAGGCAUCAAGGCACGAAACCGACUAAUGGAAAGGUUAGGAGAAAUAAUAUCCAGGCGAAGGAGGGGAGAGGAGUCACCAGAAGACUUCCUGCAGUCAAUGUUGCAGAGAGAUUCGUAUCCUCCGGAUCAGAAGUUAGAUGACUCAGAGAUAAUGGAUAACCUUUUGACACUGAUAAUUGCAAGCCAAACUACCACAGCUGCUGCUAUGAUGUGGAGUGUCAAGUUCCUGGACGAGAACAGAGAGGCCCAAGAAAGGCUGCGGGAGGAACAGUUGUCAAUUCUACGAAAGAAGGAAGAUGGAGAACUACUUACUCUUGAAGAUCUUAAUAAAAUGUCCUUUGGUUCAAAGGUCGUCAAAGAGACGUUGAGAAUGUCCAAUGUUUUGCUGUGGUUUCCUCGUGUGGCACUAGGGGAUUGCAGAUUAGAAGGUUUUGAAAUAAAGAAAGGAUGGCAUGUGAACAUCGAUGCAACAUGCAUUCAUUAUGACCCAGAUUUGUACAAGGACCCCAUGCAAUUCAACCCUUCGAGAUUUGAUGAAAUUCAAAAGCCAUACAGUUUCAUACCUUUUGGAUCUGGACCCAGGACCUGUCUCGGAAUCAACAUGGCCAAAUUAACAAUGUUGGUCUUUUUGCACAGGAUGACUGGAGGGUACAGGUGGACGGUUGAUGAUCCAGAUCCUUGCCUCGAAAAGAAGGCACAUAUCCCUAGGCUGAGAAGCGGCUGCCCCAUUACUUUGAAGACCUUGUACGAUGGGACAUAAGCAUAGAUGUGAGAAAUCUCAGGUACAGGUAGGAGAAGUGGCAAGAUUCUAAUGCAUGGUAAUGAGGAAGCAGCUGGAUAAUAUGUAUCAUCAUGGCCUCUAAUUACCCACUUUUUUUAUGCUUCGCUUAAAAGUUAACCAGAAGAGAAAAAAUAAAAUGAAAAAGUGAACUUUGCAACAUUGCAGUGGGAACUCCUCACUUUAUGAUGUCCUUUUUUUUU